GUUCUCGAAAUCUAACAAUCUCGCACACUUCACAAUAUAAUUCAGCUUUUGAGAGUCAAAAUAAGAAAUGGGCCGUCAUCGAGGCAAAGGCCGGCGCCAAGGCGGUCGCAAUGGAGGCGGCGGAGGAGCAGGCGGUGGCUCACGAGACAACCAACCCGGCGGUUGGCCCGAAAUCGAGCGGUCGAACAAAGACUACGAACAGUACUACAAUGAGGAGGUCAAUAUUUUGCCUGAAAGCGAGCGCGACGCAUUCUGGAAGAGCUUACGAACUACUCUCCCCAAUUCGUUCCGUUUCACAGGUUCCAAAGGACACGCCCUCACUGUUCAGAAAGUUCUCGUCGACCGCUAUAUCCCGCAGAUUUCUGCGGUUGAAUUUGAAGGCGAGGGCGUGGAGCCCCCAACACAGAUACCAUGGUAUCCAAACCAAUUGGCGUGGCAUAUGACUACGGGAAAGCAAGUGAUUCGCAAGUCGCCUCCUUUUGCAUUCUUCCAGAAAUUCCUCGUGUCCGAGACCAGCGUGGGCAAUAUCAGCAGACAAGAGGUUGUUAGCAUGAUUCCACCUCUAGUGAUGGACAUUGGGCCAGGCAUGACUGUGUUGGAUCUUUGCGCCGCACCAGGCAGCAAGUCUGCUCAGCUCGCGGAAAUGAUUCAUGCAGGAGAAGAAGCAAGAGUGAGGAAGGUCUUCAAGAAGAUCGCCAAGGAGGAGGGACGCGAAGUAAGCCCGGACGGGGAGGAGCUCAAGAUCGAUCAAGAGGAGGUUGAGCUAGAGGAUGACAUGUCAGACGAUGGCAGGUCUACUGGUCUACUUAUAGCGAACGAGAUCGACUGGCGUCGGGCUCAAAUGCUGGUACAUCAAAUAAAACGUCUCAACUCCCCGAACUUUAUAGUCACGAACCACGACGCGCGCAUGUUUCCCUCCAUUAUCACGAAAGCUGAACCAGGCAAGCCGAGAGAGUAUCUCAAAUUCGAUCGCAUUCUAGCAGAUGUACCAUGCACGGGCGAUGGCACGACACGCAAGAACGUCUCUGUCUGGAAAGAUUGGACUAGACAAAACGCCCUUGGGCUCUACGCCACACAGGUUCAGAUAUUGGUGCGAGCACUGCAAAUGCUGAAGGUUGGCGGUAGGGUUGUAUACUCAACGUGUAGUAUGAACCCCAUUGAGAAUGAGGCAGUUGUUGCUAGUGCCAUCGACAAAUGCGGAGGAAGCGCAGCCGUUACGGUGGUCAACUGUGAAGACCGUAUGGCCGGGCUGAAGCGUAGACCAGGACUUUCGAACUGGCCGGUGGUGGAUCGCUUAGGCCGUAAAUUCAAGACAUGGAACGAGGCUGAGGAGUUCAAGAAAGAGAACAACGACGAGGCCAUGGGACGACUCUCUGAAGGCAUGUUUGCACCAGAUGCCUCUGAGGAGAUUCAACUACAAAAUUGUAUGAGGGUGUACCCACACUUGCAAGACAGCGGGGGGUUCUUCAUCACCGUGCUUGAGAAGACAGCUGAGAUCCGGAAGUUGCGCGAUCCGCCCUCGAAACGUGUAAAAGGAACGAAUGGAACUGCCAUGGAAGAAAGUGUGACAAAGGGCACAGUAGUCGAUGCAGAGCCCUCGAUUCCAACAUCGCCAGAAAUUGCAGCAACAGAGGCGGAAAAUGGAACCAAUGGAGGUGUUUCACUGCCAAAGGACCUGCCCGAACCUGCGAUUGAACCACCGAACGAAAACAGUGUAACUUCGCCGAAACGAUCGCUCGAGGACGACGAAAAUGAACAGUCAGCUAAACGCUUAAAACAAGAUAAAGCUACCACCACGACAACACCAGCAGCCACCACCACCAAACCUCCUGCACAAAAGCAAAACAUAAGCCAACAAAAGAAACGUGCUGCACCCAAAGAAGAGCCUUUCAAAUACCUCUCUCCCGAUCAUCCCGUUCUAGCAGAUAUCUCGAAGUUCUACGGCCUCUCCUCUCGAUUCCCGCGCGACCGCUUCAUGGUGCGCAACGAGAAUGGCGACCCUGUAAAAGCGAUUUACUACACUUCCGCUUUGACCCGCCAGAUAUUGAUGCUCAACGAAGGUUCCGGCAUGAAAUUUGUGCAUAGCGGAGUUAAGAUGUUCGUCAAGCAAGACGCCCCCUCGCCGGAAGUGUGCAAGUGGCGUAUCCAGUCCGAAGGCCUGCCAAUACUCGACUCCUGGGUCGGCGAGGAUCGCAUUGUCCGCCUGUAUACGCGGAAGCCGCUGCAUCGACUGCUACGCGAGACAUUCGUCAAGGUGAAUCAGGACAACGAGGAGCUGGGCGAGAUAGCUGAGCGAUUGCGAGACAUUCCAAUGGGCUGUGCGGUUCUCAGGGUUGAGGUUAGUGGUGAUCCAGAGAAUGGGUUUGCAGACCGCAUGGUCAUGCCAUUGUGGCGCAGCGUGUUUAGCCUGCAACUCAUGCUACCGAAGGAGGAUCGCAAGGCUAUGCUACUCAGGCUGUUCAACGAUGAUUCGCCAUUGAUUGACCACAACAAGGAGAAGGGGAUCAACAAGAGCAAGAAGCAGCUGGCCGAGGAAGCCGCAGCAGCAGCCGCUCAGGAGGAAGAGAUGAAGGAAGAGGAGGAAGAGGUCGAAGAGGCUGAAGAAGCUGAAGAGCUUGUGCAGGAAGAAGAACUCGGAGAGGCGAACAAGGCAGCAACAGAGGAUGUUGAGAUGGCACAAGCUUCAUAGCAUGGUGGGUGGUGACGGUAUUCCACUGACAUUUCUGCAUUUAUGGCGUUCGGAAAUCGGUACGAAAAAAAAUGGACAAGUGUGAUUUGGGAAACGCAAUACUACUGUGUAACUAGAUCUUGUUGUUGAAAAGCUACAAUUCAUUGUGACAUAUAUAUACCACUAUCAACACCAUGCUGGC